AUGGAGAAAAAGAAGGGAAUGAUGAAGGAGAUAAAGAGGCAGAUGUGCCUUGCAAUGCCACUUACAGUUGCGAAUUUCCUUAUGUUUGCCCUCCAAUUUGUAUCGAUAAUGGUAGUUGGCCAUAUAAGUCACGAAAAGCUCGCCGGAGCCUCCAUAGCCAUUUCCUUCGUGAAUUCACUUGGCUUCUCAGUGCUCAUGGGAGCAAGUUCUGCACUAGAUACCUUAUGUGGACAAUCUUUUGGAGCACAAAAUUACAAGAUGGUGGGUUUAUAUCUACAAAGAGCAAUGGUCAUUUGUGUCCUUAUCAGCAUUCCACUUGCCUUUGGCACGGCUUUCUCUGGCAGAAUUCUUAUUUUGCUCCGCCAAGUCCCGGAGAUAUCAAUGGCAGCAGAAUCUUAUGCUCGGUUGAUGAUUCCAUCACUAUUCGCAUUUGGCCUUAUACAGUGCAUCCUCAAGUUCUUACAAGCUCAAAAAAUAGUGCUACCCAUAAUGUUUAGCAGUGGAAUCACAGCUAUUUUUCACGUCAUCAAUUGUUGGUUCUUUACAUAUAAAACUGGACUUGGUUAUCGAGGAGCUGCGCUUUCUGUUUCAAUCUCUUAUUGGUUCAAUUUACUGCUAUUAGUACUAUAUGUCUUUCUAUCACCCUCUUGCAAGUCAACAUGGACUGGAUUCUCUAGAGAAGCUUUUCAUGGCUUGUGGGACUUUCUUAAACUCGGCAUUCCUUCUACUUUGAUGGUUUGCUUUCAAAACUGGCAAUUCGAGUUGUUGUUGAUACUUGCUGGACUUCUUACAAAUCCAGCGCUCCAAACGUCAUUAAUGUCAAUAAGUACCAGAAUAUCCAAUGAAUUGGGUGCACAAAAUCCAGGGGCUGCUGUAUUGGCUAUCCUAACUGCGGCAGUAGCCAUAAUUAUUGAAGGUGAUAGUGGGAUUUGGAUGAUUGGUGGACGGAACUUAUGGGACAUCUAUAAUACCAAAGAGAGGGAAGUUGUGAAUGCUGUGCUGAAUGAUUCCAUGGAUAGCUCUAUCCAUUUCAUUGAUGGUUUCCAAUGCGUGCUUUUAGGCACAAUUAGAGAAGUGGUAGGCAAAAGAUGGGUUUUUGUUUGUCUCGGUUCUUACCUCGUUGGAUUUCCAGCAUCUAACUUCUUGGUGUCUUUACCAACGGUCAUCGCCGGUAACGUGCCGAUGGCUUACCGACGAUUUACGGCGGUUUCAGCCGACGCCAUGAUACCGUCGGUAUCGUGGCCGUCGGUAAACCGCCGGUAUUGUGACCGGCGGUUAAUCGGCCGGUACACCGCCGGCAUAUAG